AUGGCCGCGGCAAUCUCGCUGGAGGCCGGUGGGGGCCUCGCCCACGACCUAGGGUCCGCAGCCGUCACAGCUGGUGUCGCCCUCGCGCUCCUCAAAUUAUUCGAGGAGCUCGCGAAGCGCGGCGUCUUCGAGCAGAAACUCAGCAGGAAACUUGUUCAUAUAAGCGUUGGGCUGGUGUUCUUGCUUUUUUGGCCUCUUUUUAGCUCUGGAUGGUAUGCUCCUUUCCUUGCUGCGCUAGCACCAGGGGUUAACAUUAUAAGGAUGCUUCUACUGGGGCUGGGACUUAUGAAAAAUGAGGCUAUGGUUAAAUCAAUGAGCCGCUCUGGAGAUUACAGGGAACUUCUCAAGGGCCCACUGUAUUAUGCUACUACUGUAACUUUUGCCACGUCUGUAUUAUGGAGAACCUCACCUGUUGCUAUAGCACUUAUAUGCAACUUAUGUGCUGGGGAUGGUAUAGCUGAUGUUGUUGGGAGACGCCUAGGUAAAGAAAAGCUUCCAUACAAUCCCAACAAAUCAUAUGCUGGAAGCAUAGCAAUGGCGGUGGCUGGUUUUCUGGCCUCAGUUGGGUAUAUGCACUACUUCCACACUUUUGGUUUUAUUGAGGAAACAUGGUACAUGGCUUUAGGCUUCCUCAUGGUCUCUGUAGCUGCAACACUCGUUGAAUCACACCCCAUCAGCACAGAACUGGAUGACAAUUUGACUGUUCCUUUAACAUCAUUCCUAGUUGGUAGCCUCAUCUUUUGA